AUGAAUGCCGACAAUUUAACUCAAGACUCGUCAAUACGCUGGGCGGACGAGUUAGACGACUCUGAUUCUGGUCUUGAAGAUACUCUUCCUCGCGUUGUUAGACCUACUACACCUAAGGAACCUGCUGUAGAGGCGGUUCCCUGCACACCGACCGAGGUACCACGGCAACAGAAAACGUUCGAGUGUCACCGGGCGGACUUUCUGGCAAGCGAUCCUCAGGACGUUAGCGAACCUUUCACGAGACGUAAUUCUCGUAAUAAUCGAAAGGGGCCGUAUCGCAGAAACAGAAUCACGUCACCUCCUGAUGACGAUUUUAGCUGGAGGUGUUCGUCAAGUUCCGAUCGCGGGAAUAGUCGCAGUUUUAUGUCCACGGGUUCCAAAAAUGAGGAUGACCGAGGUCUCUACGGGAUUAGACACAGGCGUAAGGAGGAAAACAGCUCCGCCUGGUGA